UUCUUCCACUUCAGUCCUGCCGAGUACAGCCGUUCCCAGCCCUUCCAUAGCACAAACCUCCGCAACUGUCCAAGAACCCCCAACCACUGUGCCAUCCUCCGCAAUGACCAGUUCUUCUACACACAUGAGGACAACCACUUUUGUCAUCCCCACCACUUCCCCAACACAUAGCACAGCUGCCACAACCUCCACUGCACCAGAGACCUCCACAUCUCCUCCACAAUCCACAACUCCUGCUCAAACCCCAUCUCCCACUGCACCAGAGACCUCCACAUCUCCUCCACAAUCCACAACUCUGGCUGAAACCACAUCUCCCACUGCAACAGAGACCUCCACAUCUUCUCCACCAUCCACAACUCCUGCUCAAACCAUGACUCCCACUGCACCAGAGACCUCCACAUCACCUCGACAAUCCACAACUCCAGCUCAAACCCCAUCUCCCACUGCUCCAGAGACCUCCACAUCACCUCGACAAUCCACAACUCCAGCUCAAACCCCAUCUCCCACUGCACCAGAGACCUCCACAUCUUCUCCACAAUCCACAACUCCUGCUCAAACCCCAUCUCCCACUGCACGAGGGACCUCCACAUCACCUCGACAAUCCACAACUCCUGCUCAAACCAUGACUCCCACUGCACCAGAGACCUCCACAUCACCUCGACAAUCCAUAACUCCGGCUCAAACCUCAUCUCCAACUGCACCAGAGAUCUCCACAUCUCCUGCACAAUCCACAACACUGGCUAAAACCCCAUCUCCCACUGCAACAGAGACCUCCACAUCUUCUCCACAAUCCACAACUCCUGCUCAAACCACAUCUCCCACUGCACCAGAAACCUCAACACCGCCUCCACCAUCCACAACUCCGGCUGAAACCACAUCUCCCAUUGCACCAGAGAUCUCCACAUCUCCUCCACAAUCCACAACUCCGGCUGAAACCACAUCUCCCGCUGCACCAGAGACCUCCACAUCUCCUCCACAAUCCACAACUCCUGCUCAAACCCCAUCUCCCACUGCACCAGAGACCUCCACAUCUCCUCCACAAUCCACAACUCUGGCUGAAACCACAUCUCCCACUACAACAGAGACCUCCACAUCUUCUCCACCAUCCACAACUCUGGCUCAAACCAUGUCUCCCACUGCACGAGAGACCUCCACAUCUCCUGGACAAUCCACAACUCCGGCUGAAACCACAUCUCCCAAUGCAACAGAGACCUCCACGUCACCUCGACAAUCCAAAACUCCUGCUCAAACCAUGACUCCCACUGCACCAGAGACCUCCACAUCACCUCGACAAUCCACAAUUCCAGCUCAAACCCCAUCUCCCACUGCACCAGAGACCUCCACAUCUCCUGCACAAUCCAGAAAUCCUCCUCAAACCCCAUCUCCCACUGCACCAGAGAACUCCACAUCUCCUCCACAAUCCACAACUCCUGCUCAAACCCCAUUUCCCACUGCACCAGAGACCUCCACAUCUCCUCCACAAUACACAACUCCUGCUCAAACCCCAUCUCCCACUGCACCAGUGACCUCCACGUCACCUCGACAAUCCACAACUCCUGCUCACACCGAAUCUCCCACUGCACCGGAGACCUCAACAUCUCCACAAUCCACAACUCUGGCUGAAACCACAUCCCCCACUGCAACAGAGACCUCCACGUCACCUCGACAAUCCACAACUGUGGCUCAAACCCCAUCUCCCACUGCACCAGAGACCUCCACAUCUUCUCCACAAUCCACAACUCCUGCUCAAACCACAUCUCCCACUGCAGCAGAGACCUCCACAUCUCCUCCACAAUCCACAACUCCGGCUGAAACCACAUCUCCCGCUGCACCAGAGACCUCCACAUCUAGUCCACAAUCCACAACUCCUACUCAAACCCCAUCUCCAACUGCACCAGAGACCUCCACAUCUCCUCCACAAUACACAACUCCUGCUCAAACCCCAUCUCCCACUGCACCAGAGACCUCCACGUCACCUCGACAAUCCACAACUCCUGCUCAAACCAUGACUCCCACUGCACCAGAGACCUCCACAUCACCUCGACAAUCCAUAAUUCCGGCUCAAACCUCAUCUCCAACUGCACCAGAGAUCUCCACAUCUCCUGCACAAUCCACAACACUGGCUAAAACCCCAUCUCCCACUGAAACAGAGACCUCCACGUCACCUCGACAAUCCACAACUCUGGCUGAAACCCCAUCUCCCACUGCACCAGAGACCUCCACAUCUCCUCCACAAUCCACAACUCCGGCUGAAACCACAUCAUACACUGCAACAGAGACCUCCACAUCUUCUCCACAAUCCAGAACUCCUGCACAAACACAAUCUCCCACUGCACCAGAGACCUUCACAUCGCCUCCACCAUCCACAACUCCGGCUCAAACCCCAUCUCCCAAAGCACCAGAGACCUCCACAUUUCCUGCAGAAUCCACAACUCCUGUUCACACCCCAUCUCCCGCUGCACCGGAGACCUCCACAUCUCCUGGACAAUCCACAACUCCGGCUGAAACCACAUCUCCCACUGCAACAGAGACCUCCACGUCACCUCGACAAUCCACAACUCCUGGUCAAACCAUGACUCCCACUGCCCCAGAGACCUCCACAUCACCUCGACAAUCCACAACUCCGGCUCAAACCCCAUCUCACACUGCACCAGAGACCUCCACAUCUCCUGCACAAUCCACAACUCCGGCUGAAACCACAUCAUCCACUGCAACAGAGACGUCCACGUCACCUCCACAAUUCACAACUCCGGCUCACACCCCAUCUCCCACUGCACCAGAGACCUCCACAUCUCCUCCACAAUCUACAAGUCCUCCCCAAACCCCAUCUCCCACUGUUUCAGAGACCACAGACAGGCCAACCACAGCCGCAUUAUCCAGCUCCACUUUGACACCACACACGACCAUGGAGACAACUCCAGGCACUUCAGUUCAACAGACAGCAGAACUUACAAGCACCACCACCUUGAUGACAUCCACACGUGGUCCGGAAACAUCCACUCCGGGUCCUUCCUCCAGGCCAGCCAGUACCACAGUGCAGCAAGGGACAACCACGGCUCCUCUUCCUAGGACUUCCCCAUCACUGAGCACAGUAACUGCCACCUCCCCACCUUCCCUGCAGACCACAACCGGACUCGAAACAACCACCCGGGCUAGCACCACCCUGUCACUGCAGUCUAGUACACCUGCUUCUUCUUCCACUUUAGCCCUGCCGAGUACAGCCAUCCCCAGCGCUUCUCCCACUGCAACGGAGACCUCUACAUCUCCUCCACAAUCCACAACUCCUGCUCAAACCCCACCUCCCAGUGCACCAGAGACCUCCACAUCUCCUGCACUAUCCACAACUCCUGCUCACACCCCAUCUCCCACUGCACCAGAGACCUCCACAUCUCCUCCACAAUCCACAACUCCUGCUCAAACCCCAUCUGCCACUGCACCAGAGACCUCCACAUCUCCUCCACAAUCCACAACUCCUGCUCAAACCCCAUCUCCCACUGCACCAGAGACCUCCACAUCACCUCCACAAUACACAACUCCUGCUCAAACCCCAUCUCCCACUGCACUACAGACCACAACCGGGCCAACUACAGCCACGUUCUCCAGCUCCACUUUGACAUCACACACCACCAUGGAGACAAGUCCAGACACCUCACCACUACAGACGACAGCAUUUCCAACUGCCACAACCUUGGUGACAUCUGCACGUGCUCCAGAAACAUCCACGCUGGGUCCUGCCUCAAGCCCAGCUAGUACCAGAGCUCAGCAAGGGAUAACUACGGCUCCUCUUCCUAGUACUUCCCCAUCACAGAGCACAACAUCUGCCACCUCCAUCGCCUCCCAGGAGACAACAAGCGGAGUGCAAACCACUACAAGGGCUAGCACCACUUUGUCACCGCAGACAAGUACACCUGCUUUUUUGUCCACUUCAGCCUUGCACAGUAUAGCCGUCCUCAGCCCUUCCACAGCACAAACCUCCGCAUCUGUCCCAGAAUCCCCGACCACUGUGCCAUCCUCCACAACGACCAGCUCUUCUACACAAAUGAUGGCAACCACUUUUGUCAUCCCCACCACUUCCCCAACACAGAGCACAGCUGCCACCACCUCCACUGCACCAGAGACCUCCACAUCUCGCCCACAGUCCACAAGUCCUGCUCAAACCCCAUCUCCCACUGCACCAGAGACCUCCACAUCUUCUCCACAAUCCACAACUCCUGCUCAAACCACAUCUCCCACUUCACCAGAGACCUCCACAUCUCCACAAUCCACAACUCCUGCUCAAACCCCAUCUGCCACUGCACCAGAGACCUCCACAUCUCCUCCACAAUCCACAACUCUGGAUGAAACCACAUCUCCCACUGCAACAGAGACCUCCACAUCUCCUCCACAAUCCACAACUCCUGCUCAAACCCCGUCUCCCACUGCACCAGAGACCUCCACAUCUCCUCCACAAUCCACAACUCUGGCUGAAACCACAUCUCCCACUGCACCAGAGACCACCACAUCUCCUCCACAAUCCACAACUCUGGCUGAAACCACAUCUCCCACAGCAACAGAGACCUCCACAUCUCCUCCACAAUCCACAACUCCUGCUCAAACCAUGACUCCCACUGCACCAGAGACCUCGACAUCACCUCGACAAUCCACAACUCCUGCUCAAAACCCAUCUGCCACUACACCAGAGACCUCCACGUCUCCUGCACAAUCCACAACUUCUGCUCAAACCCCAUCUCCCACUGCACCAGAGACAUCCACAUCUUCUCCACAAUCCACAACUCUGGCUGAAACCACAUCUCCCACUGCAACAGAGACCUCCACAUCACCUCGACAAUCCACAACUCCAGCUCAAACCCCAUCUCCUACUGCACCAGAGACCUCCACAUCUCUGGCUGAAACCACAUCAUCCACUGCACCACAGACCUCCACAUCACCUCGACAAUCCACAACUCCGGCUCUAACCCCAUCUCCCACUACACCGGAGACCUCCACAUCUCCUCCACAAUCCACAACUCCGGCUGCAACCCCAUCUCACACUGCACCAGAGAUCUCCACAUCUUCUCCACAAUCCACAACUCCUGCUCAAACCCCAUCUCCCACUGCACCAAGGACCUCCACAUCUCCUCCACAAUCCACAACUCUGGCUGAAACCACAUCUCCCACUGCAACAGAGACCUCCACAUCACCUCGACAAUCCACA